CCUACCCUAUUGGCGGCGACUUCAAAAUGGCGACCAAACGAAAUUUGUACAGACCUGCCCAAGUUCAAGAAAAUGUUGGCCAGCGAAAGCCUAGAAAAACACUUGCACAGGGGAGAUUGAUAACAAAUGGAGCCCCGUCACAAGGCAGUGUUCCAGCUUCUGAGUCUCAGAAUGCAAGUCUUCUAUCCAACACAUCUGUUAGAAAGUUGGCACCUUCACGUUCAAAUACAAGCCAUACAAUAAAUGAAUCGGCAAAUAAUUCACAACUGCAUCAAACAUCACUUGUUCAAGGAAGGCUUGAAGAAUCCGUUUUCUCACCUAGAAGAUGUGUACCAAAGGUGUCUGAACCCCGUACUCCAGAUAAUCGACAACCUGCAGGGAGCCUCGAUCUGACAGAUAGUGAAAUGGGUGAUGAGACUCCAGAACUGAGGUCAAGGUAUCAGAAACCAGAUGAAGUGUUGUGUAUAGAUGCAUCAAGACAAACUGUAAACCCAGAUGUUUCUGAAGUAGAUAUAAGAAUUGGUGUGGACAAAUCUCCAGUCAAAAUAGUGUGCCAUUCUCCAUCUAGAAUAAAUCAUUCAUUAAGACAACAAAAUGCUGUGAGGGAUUCUGGUGAAAAUUUAAGACAAUCUAAACAUAAAAUACCAGUCAUAAUUACAGAAAAAUUACCAGACGAUCAUAUAAAUCCUUACACAGCUGUACAAUCUAUUCCAAUGACACCUCCCCAACAACAGGAUAGAAGAGUUUUACAAUCACUCUCUGAUAAUUGUCCGCAGCCAGAUUUCAGUGAUUCUGCUGACUCAGAUAAAUUCUUCCUGGAUAGACACGAUGACAGAGUUACUAGUGAUAAUGACAACAAUAGUGUGAAAGAAUACACUGUAACUAAUCACAAAUUAAAGAACAAAACAUCAAAAGAUGAAAGGGUGCCAUCUUCCACUAGAAAAGAGAAAAGGCCUGAGACUGCUAAAAAGAAGAAAGGUCGUAUGGUACCAUCUAGAUACAUGCAAUCUGCAGAGUCAAAGGUCAAGGCUUCUUUAUCAUCUAGAAUAGAAAAGUCAUCUUUUGACAAGUCUAGAGCUAGUAAGAGUGUAGAAUAUCCUCAAUCUGCCAAGAAAAGUGCUGGUAAAAUUAACCGUAAGCUCACGAAGGACUCUGUCUCGGAACGUCCCCGUACCCCAGAAAACCAGUCCAUAACUUCUACAGGAGGUAAAACAUCUACACCUACAAUGGACGGGUCACAUCUGUCACAUGAUAUGGAUAUAGACGCUUCAGCUAUUCAUCCAGAAGUUUCUUUACUCGCAGGUGAUACAUCAAGGGUGUAUCAGUUAGAGAAACACGGGAGUGGUAAGUCAAGAUCUCGACUAAAGACUGAAUAUCGAGAUGAUUUGAUGGGACAGUCUAUAUUGUCUAAUGUAUCCCUGUAUAACCAGUCUGUGUUAGCCUCAAAACCUAAACAGAAAUUAGAUCCGAAGACAGCUCAGCAGAAAGUAGACCUCUUGUAUAUGUAUAAACUGCAGUGGGCAUUCCUGGAAGCAAAAGCCAGGAAGACUUUGCAUGAACAAGAAAAGCAAGCAAUGGCACAAAUCUAUGGUUUGUAUGAGGAAGUAGAAAGUUUAAGGAAGUUAAAGUUGGACAGGGAACAGCAAUAUUCUCGACUUAGACACACAAAUAUUACAGAUAACCUGGCAGAAGUUCAGAGGCAGUGUCUUGGACCAGUGGUGAAUAAUUUACCAUCGUUACAAAAACAAUACAGUAAUUUGGCGUAUGCAUUAGAUACAACACGACAUCAAAUUCCUACCAAAGAUAUACAUUUACCUGAAAAUGAGGAACAAUUUCAAGCCAAGUUAGAAGCACAGUUACUAGAGAGUGAGAGGUUACUAGGGGAAGUGAGUGCUAUAACAAGACAAGAUAUUCCCACUAUCUCUGCUAUGGGUAAUGCUAUGGUUACCAUGGAACAAGCUGUUGAAGGAAUGGAGGAAGAGUUAAAAAAGAGCCAUGAACUACUUGCAGCAACAGAGACAUUAACUAUGCACGAGUGCUCAUUACGUGUACAAGAAAUACAACUUCUAGACCAGUCCUGAAACUAAAUCAAAUAAUUAACAAGCAUUAGCCCUGAGAAAAGAAACAUUUGUACAGCAGUCCAGCAAUCCCGAUAAAUGAAAUGAUGUGAUAAGGAAACGCUUUGUUAGUUUCAACCACUGAAAAAAUAUAUCAGAGAGCUAAUGUACUUACCCCGGCUUUGGCAUAGUUGUCACACUUUGCUUAAAUUUUUGGGUGCAAGUUUGUAUCUCCAAGUCUACUGAAGAGAAUGAGUUAAAACUUCACACACUUGUUUUCUGUGACUCUCUCACAUGAUGGGCACAAUUCCUAUAGUGACCUUUUUACAGAGUUAUUAGCUCACCUGUCACAAAGUGACAGGGUGAGCUUUUGUGAUCGCUUUUCGUCCGGGCAUCCGUCCGUCGUCCGUAAACUUUUACUUUAAAUGACAUCUCCUCAUAAACCACUUAGCCAAUUUCAUCCAAACUUCACAGGAAUGUUCCUUUGGUGGUCACCUUUAAAAAUUGUUCAAAGAAUUUAAUUCCAUGCAGAAACCUUGUUGCCAUGGCAACCGAAAGAAAAAACUUUAAAUAUCUUCUUUUAAAAAACCAUAAGAGCUAGAGCUUAGAUAUUUGGCAUGAAACAUGUUCUAGUGAGUGUCUACCAAG